GCUGCCUUUAUAAAGGUAGCCGUGCAGGAGAUUGGAAGUAGUUUGCGGAGGUGCAGCCUGUUGGAACUGUUGCUUUUUUGGGACAAGAUCUGGGAAAGUUUGAGCUUUUAUCCGAAAGAGUUCUGCUAGAAGUUUGCUCUCCAGCAGCAGCCUCCUGGUUUGUGCGUCUGUCCCGGACGAGGGGGCGGUGGGGUGGCGACACGUCAUAUCAGCCGCCGCGCUCUGAUUGGCUGCCGAUUCUCACCCGACACAGCUGUGAUUGUUUUCUGCAGAGGAAGCUCUUGUCCGUGGAAAACAAGGAGGGGAUCGAGCAUUUUGCCGAAUGAUCAGGAGCAGAGGUCUCUCUUUGGACCAGACACUGAAGACGUCUGGAGAUCAAGCCCCAAAGUGCCAAAUGCCCAGACUAGAGGACCACUGCUGGAGCUGCUCCUGUGCAUCAAGUGAUUCUAAACACUCAUCUGGAGCUAACUGGUUAGCAUCCAAAGCUGAAGAAAUGAUGUCCAUCAUCACCUCGGUGCUCAGCAAUGCCUACGGUUCUCUGCACAACGUCCGGACGGCCAACCUGAUCCGCCGGGGUCUGGUCCUCUUCACCGUGGGAGCCUUCCUCGCCCUGGUGCUCAACUUGCUGCAGAUACAAAGAAAUGUCACCCUGUUUCCCGAGGAGGUGAUGACAACUUUGUUUUCAUCCGCCUGGUGGAUCCCACCGUGCUGCGGCACAGGGGCCGCCGUGGUCGGCCUGCUGUAUCCCUGCCUCGACAGCCAUUUGGGGGAGCCGCACAAGUUCAAGAGGGAGUGGGCCAGCGUCAUGAGGUGCAUCGCUGUGUUCGUCGGCAUCAACCACGCCAGUGUUAAACUAGACUUCGACAACAACGUGCAGCUCUCCCUAACGCUGGCAGCCUUGUCCUUGGGCCUGUGGUGGACGUUCGACCGGUCCAGGAGCGGAUUCGGUUUGGGCAUCACCACUGCCGUCCUGGCUACUGUGUUCACACAGCUGCUGGUCUACAACGGAGUCUACCAGUAUACGUCUCCAGACUUCUUGUAUGUGCGCUCCUGGCUCCCCUGCAUAUUCUUCUCAGGCGGUGUUACCGUGGGAAACAUCGGACGCCAACUUGCCAUGGGUGGCAUCGAGAAACCCCACAUGGACUGAACGCACAACAACAGCCGAAGGACAGCCAAUGUAAAGAUGGACAAGUUAUGGGAAGAGGAUGGUAACAGGAGAAAAAAAGACUCAUUGUUUUGACUUCAUCCUUUGUUCUCAUAACAAACUGCGGGUACGAAAAUCCCCUCAUCUAACGUGCCAUGUCCUCUGCACCUCCUCGUGGCCAAACAACCUCUCCCUCCCACCUCUGUGCUACUCCUUUAGCAUUAAGACUUCCUGCACAGUAGACGGGAUGACAGUGUUUGCCUUCUUUUUUCUUUUUUGUUGUUGUUUUUGAAGUGAACUGGUUUUAUUUUCAUGCUGGAGGUUCGUAUCUUUCCUGGAAUUUAGGGAGUGGAAGUGUGUUCUUCGGUGCAGAUGCAUCCUGGUCUUAGCGGAGAAGACUGAAUUGUGUGUUUUUUGUUGUUUUUUUUUUAGCCUGAAUAUAUUAUGAUCAUAAAAGGGAAAUGUUGUAUGAGUGGCCACAAAAAAAAUGUCUUCACUCUUACAUAGAAAUGUAUUCAGUGGCCUCAGUUGCAUGACUGAGGUGCAGGGGAGAUGUAUGUUCCCAGUCAAACCAAAUUAAGUAUUUAUUUUGUGAGUUUUGAAUGACCCCAAAUUAAAUGUAGCCAAUGUUCGAUGAUGAAUGAUGCUUCCCAUUUUCGAAGGAAUAUUUGGGAAGAGUUAGAUGAGAAGAUUGAUGCCACUCUCGUAUCCGUACACUGAAUAUGCAGCGAGAGCCAGCAGCAGGGGAAACAUGCUGGUCUGUGUUUAUUGUAAAGACAUGAGUGUAGGAGCUUUCAGUGGUCUCUUUUUAGGUUAAACUAUUCUUUUAAAGGUCCAGUGUGAGGUAUUUAGCAGGAUGUAUCGCCAAAAAUUUUCUUAAUUGUAUAAUCACCUACAAAUAAGUAUUUAUGUGUUUUAAUUACCUUAGAAUGAGACAUUUAUGUCCACUAUGGGAGCGUAUCCUUGACCACUAACUCUGCCAUGUUUCUACAGUAGCCCAGAAUGGACAAACCAAACACUGGCCCACUGAAUUUUUGCGAAUGGUUUCAGUAUUUUUUGUGGAUAAUUAGGCUCGAAGUAAAAUCCUCCUGAAUGUCUGGAAAUUAAGUUAUUAGAGAAAAAAGUUAACAUUAGCAAGCGCUGGGGUAAUGGUCCGUCUGUGGAAAGCCAAACAGCAUUGGAGAAACACUGAUUUUUAACUUGAAACUGCUUUAUUCAGUGUUUUUUACCCAUUUUAAUCACCUUGUCUGUUUUGGAGAAGAAGAGACCUCUGCGGAUCAUUUGCUUCCCAGUAAAAACCUCCCAACCUUAAAACACUAAAGGAAAAUCCUAAUCAAGAGAAGAUUCAUCUGGUUGAAAUUUGCAAUCCUCACCACUAGAUGCCACCAAGUCCUACACACUGCUCCUUUAAAUUGACCAUAAAACACAUUCGAGAGGAUGGUUUUAAGAAUGAAGAAAGACAGGAAAUAAGUACAGGAGUGCCAAUUAGUUUGUCCUGGCUGAUAUUCCCCUGAAUAUAUGACAACGUGAUAAACUAAAAGUGAAAAUGCUAAGUAUUUAGGUUGGAAAAGCCUCAUAUUCACAACCGUCUACCACUAAAAGAUCACAUUUAUUUUUUGAAAAACUACUCUGAGACCUUCAGUGCUUUGUUUUGUCUGCUUCUGACAAGUUUCAGUCAAACAGAGGACUGUUUAGUAGGGAGACGUCAAAGCAUUAGUCUGGAUUGAAAAAAAAAAUGCUGGUACUGUGUGUGCAUAUUUAGUGUUUUCUAUCAGCAGAGCGGGCAAAGCCACCACAGUGGACCAUGUUUUGAAAGAAUGUACCAUGACUUUAUUACAGCUGUUAAAUGUCUUUGUGAUCGUACAUUUCCCACUUCAAAUUCAAACCAAUAGUUUGGGAACAUACAGCGGUUGAAGGAGAGGGCAGGACAUUAUUACUUAAGAUUUGCAAUCUGUGAUUGCCUGUGUAUUAUAGAAUGUAGUGCUUUUGUCACUAUAACAGUUUAGUUUUAUCAUUUGUACAAACAUUGACAUUAUUGCUUAUGUAUAAUGGCUUUCCUAUGUGAUCUGACAGGUAUUAUAACUAGACCUACAGUAUGUUAGUUAGCGUUUUGGGGGUCUAGAGGAUUAAGUGCAAUCAGAGUAUACAUGAGCCGAUUAUUCUUUCUUAUUUAUUUCUUAUUAUUUCUGACAAUGGCUUAAAAAAAAGAUAACUUGUUGUAAGUAUAUGCAGUGUGGAUAAUUCAAAAAAAGCAAUAACAUCUUUGUUUGUGUCAGAGAUUACAUGCCUUCAGAGUCAUACCAAUGACUCUCACCAGAGAGACGACAUGAAAAAAUAUUGUGUCAAACUGUAAAAAAAAAAAAAAAAAGAAAAAGAAAGAAAAGAAAAAUCUCAUUUAGUUGUGUCGUCGAAGGAGACCUGUUUUAUUUUUUUAAAUAUAACUUUGUUGUGGCAGGUUAAAUCUGCUCACAUUCAGGUGUGUUAAACUGAAGAGGAAGCUUUAUUUUUUGAGGUGGUGAAGCACCUUUUUGUUUUUGAUGUUUUAGAGUUUCUGUGUUUCUGAUAUUUCAGCCGUGUAUCAUUUUUGCUACCAUGGAUUUAAGUGAAAAAUAAAAACAACUGAUAAGGAUA